AUGGCCGAGGCCGACGCGCACCUGCGGCGGCGCCGCGGCGCGUGGGACGCGCGCGUGGGCGGCGGCGCCGUCGCCGUCGUCGAGGUCGGCGCGUGGAUCGAGGCGCUGUACCGGGGCAAGACGCCCUGGCUCCCCGCGCGCGUCGCGAAGGUGCGCCUCGACGGGAGCCUCGACCUCGAGUUCGAGAACGGGCGGACGUCGCAGAAGGUGCCGCGCGCGCACGCGAAGCUCCCCAAGGCCGGCGCCGGCGCGCGCGCGGGCCUGGAGAGCCUGGGCAAGGUCGCCUACGACGCGAAGCGCGACCGCUGGCACGGCUACGACCCGUCCAUGCACAAGGAGACGGAGGACCGCUACGCGGAAUUGGACGCCGCGCGCGCGCGGCGCAAGGACAAGCGCCAGGACGCGCGGUCCAAGGAGGCGCGCGCCGCCGCCAAGGCCGAGCGCAAGCAGGCGAAGGCGGCGCAGAAGGCCGCCGGCGGCGGCGACGACGACGACGACAGCGACAGCGACAGCGACAGCGACGACAGCGACGACGAGGGCGACGACGAGUUCCGCCUCGACGACGCCGAGGCGGGCGACUUCCAGAAGCGCAUCGCGCGCCAGGGCGGCGUCGGCGGCGCGCAGAUGAAGACGACGGUGCGCAACCUACGCAUCCGCGAGGACACGGCCAAGUACCUGCGGAACCUGGACCCGGAUUGCGCGUUCUACGACCCGAAAACGCGCGCGAUGCGCGAGAACCCGACGCCCAACGUGGACCCCAAGGAUUUCGUCUACGCCGGCGACAACUUCGCGCGCGCGACGGGCGACGCGUUGGAGCUCGCGGCGACGCACUGCUUCGCCUGGGACGUGGAGCGCAAGGGCGCGUCCCGCGGCGGCGACGCGCUCCACGUGCAGGCCGACCCGUCGCGCGCGGAGCUCGAGAAAAAAAAGUUCGAGGCGAAGAAGGCGGCCCUGGACCGGGAGAAGCAGCAGGCCAUCCUCGACAAGUACGGCGCCCAGGACGUCGACGAGGACGCCGCGGAGCGGCAGCUGCGCGCCGCGGGCGCCGCGUCGGAGGCGUACCGCGAGUUCGACGCGCGGGGCAACGUCACGCGGGGCGCGCCCCUCCAGAAGCGCGCGUCCAAGUACGCCGAGGACGUCUUCGACACGAACCACACCGCCGUCUGGGGCUCCUACUUCUGCCCGCGGACGUUCAAGUGGGGCUACGCGGACGACCACUCGACGACGAAGAAUUCCUACUCGACGGGCGCCGCGGGCCGCGCGGCCAACGACGCCGCGCGGGCCCGCAGCGACGCGGCCCUCGCCGCGCCGCGGCCGAGCCUCGGCGAGGCCGCCGCGGCGACCGCGGCGCCCGGCGCCGCGCGCGCGGAGCCGCCGCCGAGCCGCGCCGCGCUCUACGGCGCGCCGGACAAGGACGUCGUCCUCGACGAGGCCAAGGUCCAAGCGGCCAUGGCCCGGGCCCGCGCGGCGCCAAACGACGCCGCCGACGACGCCAACGACAAGAAGCGCAAGUACAACAGCUUCGCGACGACGGACGUCACCGCCGAGGACAUGGAGGCCUACCGCCGCACGCGCGUCGCCGCGGACGACCCCAUGGCCACGUUCCUCGGCGGCGAGGGCGCGUAA